GGAAUUCUAAGGUGCCAAAUGCAAGGUUUCAAGCUGCUGCAGCCAUACGUGAUGCAGCUAUCAGGGAAUGGGGUUUUCUUACCGCUGAUGACAAGAGAAGCUUGAUUAGUUUCUGUCUCUGCUUUUUUAUGCAGCAUGCUAGUUCACCUGAGGGCUAUGUCCUAGCAAAGGUUUCUUCUGUGGCUGCUCAAUUGAUGAAAAGGGGAUGGCUUGAUUUUACGGCUGUGGAGAAGGAGGCUUUUUUUAAUCAGGUACAUCAGGCUAUUCUUGGCAUUCAUGGCGUAGACGUGCAGUUCAUUGGAGUCAAUUUCCUGGAAUCUUUGGUAUCUGAAUUUUCACCCUCUACUUCAAGUGCUAUGGGCCUUCCUAGGGAGUUUCAUGAGCAAUGCCGGAGGUCAUUAGAGAUAGACAAUUUGAAGAUGUUCUACUGUUGGGCUCGAGAUGCUGCUUUAUGUGUCGCAAAUAGGAUAAUUGAAUCCAACUCUCUUGUACCCGAGGUUAAAGUUUGUAAUGCUGCACUCCGUCUCAUGCUUCAGAUCCUGAACUGGGAUUUUCGAUACAACAACAAUAGCACGAAAACCAGUAUAAAUGUUUUCUCUGCUGGAGCUAGGCAUGAUACUGAUUCACUUAAGAGAUUUGAGUGUACCUUAGUACAGCCUGGUCCUGCUUGGCGUGACAUUUUGAUUUCAAGUGGCCAUAUUGGGUGGCUCCUGAGCUUAUAUGCAGCACUCCGACAUAAGUUUUCCUGUGAAGGUUACUGGCUUGACUGCCCUAUUGCGGUCUCUGCUCGAAAGUUGAUUGUACAGUUCUGCUCGUUGACAGGAACCAUUUUUCUUUCUGAUAAUGGGCAAAUGCACAAACAUCAUUUGCUGCAGCUGCUCUCUGGGAUACUAGACUGGAUAGACCCCCCUGAUGUUGUUUCAAAAUUGAUUGAAUGUGGAAAGAGUGAAAGUGAGAUGCUUGAUGGUUGCCGUGCACUGUUAUCUAUUGCAAAUGUAACAACUCCCUUUGUGUUUGAUCAGCUCUUGAAAUCGAUAAGGCCCUUUGGCACUGUUACAUUGUUAUCCAGCUUGAUGUGUGAGGUUGUUAAAGUCCUUACGAUUACAAAUACUGAAGAGGAGACAUGGAGCUCUGUGGCACGUGAUAUCUUAUUAGAUACCUGGACUGCCCUUCUUGUGCCAUUGGAUAGUACUGGUGGGAAUGCAAUGCUUCCUCCUGAAGGGAUAAGUGCUGCAGGCAAUCUCUUUACCUUGAUUGUAGAGUCUGAGCUAAAAGCGGCAGCUUCUUCAGCAUUGACUGAUGAUGUUGACUCUGACUACCUUCACGCUUCAGUCUCUGCCAUGGAUGAAAGGUUAAGCUCCUAUGCUCUUAUUGCGAGAGCAGCAAUUGAUGUCACGAUUCCUUUGCUCAUGAAGCUAUUUUCUGAACGCUUUUCACGGCUUAAUCAGGGCAGGGGCGUUAUUGAUCCAACUGAAACUUUGGAGGAAGUUUAUUCACUUUUACUGAUUGCUGGGCAUGUACUUGCAGAUGAAGGGGAGGGAGAAACACCCAUUGUUCCAUAUGCUAUACAAACCUACUUCGCAGACAACAUAGAAGCCGACAAACAUCCUGUUAUUGCACUUUCUAGCUCAAUUAUAGGGUUUGCUGAGCAGAGUUUAGAUCCUGAAUUGAGAGCAUCAGUUUUCAGUCCUCGACUCAUGGAGGCUGUUGUAUGGUUCCUUGCUAGAUGGUCCCUUACUUAUCUUAUGCAUCCUAAAGAAAUUAGAGAGGGUAACUGUGAUUCGGGGCAUGGUCAGGCUCAUCAGCUUCAGUCGCUGCAGUCAAGAGAAGUUUUACUUAGUUUUUUUGGAGAACAUAAUCAAGGAAAACUUGUGCUUGACAUUGUUGUUCGUGUAUCGAUCACAACACUGAUGUCAUAUCCUGGGGAGAAGGAUUUGCAGGUGCUCACUUGUUACCGGCUACUUCAUGCACUUGUUCAGCAAAAACAUAUAUGUGUUCACCUUUUUCCUCUUGACUCAUGGUGCAACUUAGCACAUGCUUUUGCUAAUGAAAAAAGUUUGUUCUUGUUGAAUACUGCUCAUCAGCGGUCACUUGCACAAACACUUGUUCGCUCAGCUUCUGGCUUAAUAAACUCAGAGGCAUCAAACCUGUACGUAAGGGAUCUCACGAGUCAUAUGGCAACAUAUCUAAGGGAAUUGUCUAGCAUGAAUGACUUAAAAAUUGCUGCUCAACAACCAGAUAUAAUCCUGUUGGUCAGUUGCAUGUUGGAACGGCUUCGUGGAGCUGCAAGUGCCUCCGAACCUCGAACACAAAAUGCAAUUUAUGAGUUGGGUUUCUCAGUAAUGAACCCUGUUCUUGUUCUUCUUGAAGUUUACAAACAUGAGUCUGCAGUUGUUUAUCUGCUACUUAAAUUUGUGGUUGCCUGGGUAAAUGGUCAAAUUGCUUACUUAGAGGCUCACGAAACGGCUUUAGUUGUUGACUUCUGCAUGCGUUUGCUUCAGCUCUACUCAUCGCACAACAUAGGCAAGAUAUCACUUAGCCUUUCAAGCAGCUUACUUAGUGAGGCAAAGACCGAGAAGUAUAAGGAUUUGCGUGCUCUUCUUCAGCUCCUUUCAAGCCUUUGUUCAAAAGAUCUGGUUGAUUUUUCAUCAGAUUCUAUUGAGACACAGGGCACAAAUAUAUCUCAGGUUGUUUGUUUUGGUCUUCACAUAGUCACCCCUCUGAUAUCUUUGGACCUGCUGAAAUAUCCUAAGCUCUGUCAUGAUUACUUCUCUCUGCUAUCACACCUCUUAGAGGUUUAUCCUGAAACAGUUGCACAACUAAAUGGAGAAGCCUUCACUCAUGUACUUGGCACUCUUGAUUUUGGUCUUCACUACCAGGACACAGAAGUAGUUGAUAUGUGUCUAAGAGCUCUGAAAGCUCUUGCUUCCUACCAUUACACUGAGACAGUUUGUGGUAAAACGGGCUUGGGCUUACAUAUUGCUGGACUUAAAGAUCCAGGUGGAAAUUUGCAGGAAGGCAUUUUGAGCCGGUUCCUUCGUUCAUUGCUGCAGUUACUCCUCUUUGAGGAUUACAGCCCUGAUCUGGUCAGCAGUGCAGCAGAUGCUCUCCUUCCUUUGAUUCUUUGUGAACAAGGCCUAUAUCAGAGAUUAGGCAAUGAGUUGAUAGAAAGGCAGGCGAAUCUGACCCUCAGAUCAAGGCUGGAAAAUGCAUUGCAAUCUCUCACAAGCGCAAAUCAGCUGUCGUCUACCCUCGAUCGUAUAAACUAUCAGAGAUUCAGGAAAAAUCUUAAUAAUUUCCUAAUUGAAGUACGUGGAUUUUUGCGGACAAAGUGAUAUUUCUCUUAAUGUAAGUACAGAAUUCUUUUGUUCAAUUCUUUGUGUGGUUAAAUAGGAAAGUUUCUUUUUUUCAUGAGCAUUCUUGUUAUUGAAAACAUAGGGGUAUUAUUUCUUAUUCAAUUUGUGAGGCCAGAUGAGAUUACUGAGUUUGUAAUGUCGAGGCUGAAAGUGUUUCUAAAGAGUAUGGAACUAAAAUAAUUUCACUUAUUUUUUCUUC